AUAGGCUAGAGCUUGUGUGUGCUGCGCCAUGAUGGGACGAAGAGGAGGGCCAGGGGCUGCACGGGUUGCAAGAUGGCAUGGGCCGCUGCGAGUUACUUCCGUGUGCUUGGUUGCUCUGCUGGUGACCAGCGUCAAUUCGAUGACGAUGGAUGUGGACGACGGGAGCAUCGCCUGUGCUAUCGUCGUUGCCAAGCAGGGCAACACCAUUAACGCCAACUUCGAGGUCCUGGGCUACCCUGUGAAGAACACCAUGGUUAUUCUUCAAAAGAGGGGCGAUAACAAACUGCUCUACAGGAAGGAAGACCUGGGCGAAGAUUACUUCAGGGUAGAUGCCACGAACGACGGGGACUACGAGCUUUGCUUCAUCAACGGGGGCGAGGAACGCAUCAAAUCGCUACGCAACAAACUCGUGCCGGAAGUGAACAGUUUCGUCGGCCUGAACGCCCUGCGCCAAGAGAAGAAGAAGAAGGCGCUGGCGCAACAGCGGGAAGAUGAAGACGACGACUCCUUCUUUUAUAGGGAUGACGAGGAGCUCCUCGACGGUCUGUCAGACGACAUGCCCUCCUGGUACGCCAAGGAGUCGGGUUACAAGACUUUCGGGUUUGGGCUUCGACUGGGCAAAGAUGUGGAAGAUCUGCAAUCGAUGGCGGACGUGUCGGUCGAAGACAAAGUGAUGGCUAGUUUCCUCGCGGAAGAGGCAGACAUCCUCGUGGAAACUCUGUCCGUGUUCAACGACCACGAGAGCUACAUGCGAGGCCGUGAGGAGUACCACCGUGAAAACGUGAAGCAAACCAGCUCAAGGCUCAUGUGGUGUACGUUCGUUGAAGCCGCUGUGCUGGUGUGGGUGUCCUGGACCCAGCUGUCUUACAUUCGCCGCUUCUUCGAGACCAAGCGCAUUCUCUAG